AUGGCUAGCCCGUUUAAUCCUUCUGUAGGCCGCGGCCACAGAGGAGGCGCGCCGGGCGUGCAAGGCUCAACGGGACGGGGAGGAGGUGGACAUACAUCAACAUAUGUGCCAAGAGGAGCAAGUGCGCCUCGCGCAGCACGGGCUCGAGGACGUGGACGAGGGUCGGCGACAUGGACAGCUCGUGGCCGUGGUCGCGGCGCAGGCGCUGCAGGCCAGUCCGCGAAUGGAUCCCAACAACCCACAGAGGGCCCUAAGCCUGGUGUUGUCAACUCGCCAUUUGCGCAAUCAAGUCAACAAAAUUCUGUCGCAUCGCCGUUCGGCGCUCAGCCCGCUCAGCAGUCUCCGUUUUCCAGAGUCUCAAACAGUGCUUCGGCUUCGAACGUCGCCAAAAAUCCAUUCGCCCAACCUACGAACAUCAUGAAACAACAAGCCUCGGCGAAAUUUGUUGGCGGGGGAUCUAAUGUUGCCGCCUCCAUGGAGCAUGCAUCGACGUUGAGCAAUUACCAGGAACGCUUUGACAAACUGAAAAUUGAUCAAGUGAGACAGCGCGAACGGGCGAUCAAGGAUGGGCAAAUGGCGGACCCGAACCAGCCAACUUCUUUGAACCAGGCUAUCACACCUGUGGGUACCUGCACUGGCAUGUGUCCCGAUUUCGAGAGGGUGGAACGGAUCGUGCAGAAAGCAGUCGACAAGUGUGAAAAGUAUUAUAACCCGUCAACGAACCAGCUGGAAAUCAUGGAAACCAAGAUGGUGAAACGCUUCCGGCGUGCCGCAGCUGGAAAUGACGAGCAAUUGCCCUCGGAUAUCCGGACACCAAAGACACUUUUACAAACCAUGAACUAUCUCAUUCGUUAUGUUAUCAAUGGUGGUGAACCGUUGGCCGUCAUCCACAUGUUUGUCUGGAAUCGGACACGAUCAAUCCGAAACGACUUCUCGGUGCAGCAACUUACACAAGAAGAAGAUGUGAAGAGAGCGGUCCUUUGUCUAGAAAGGAUUGCACGGUUCCAUAUCGUGUCCCUGCAUCUUCUUUCUAACCCGGCGAACACGGAGCAAUUCGACCGUCACCAGGAGCGUGAGCAGCUAAACAACACCAUGCUCUCUCUCAUGUACUACUACGAUGACAACCGCGGACGCAUUCACUUCCCCAACGAGGACGAGUUCCGCGCCUACCACAUCUUGUUUUCGAUCCAUGACCAGCGGCCUGACCUGGAGGCUCGUGUCCAGAAAUGGCCAACUGCCCUACUUGCUUCACCUCGAGUGCAGGUGGCAUUGGACCUCUUCGCCGCUGCCUGUAAUACAUGGGAGCCACAAGGCGCUCUGGAUUCUCGUCGACCGAACGCAGUUGCUCAGGGAUUCUACGCUCGCUUCUUCAACAUCAUCAAUUCCCCGAGCGUGUCGUAUCUGAUGGCCUGUGUAGCCGAGGUGUACUUCAACCAUAUUCGUCAGACAGCAAUCCGUGCAAUCUGGAAAGCUUACUGCCGGACUCCGCUGUCACAGCAAUCCAAAAACGAUCAUUGGACUGUGGAGGAAUUAACUAAGGUGUUGCACUUUGAUGACGACGAGCAGACAAUUGAAUACUGUAAUGCGCAGGGCUUACAGUUUGCGGAGAACGCGAGUGGUGGACUGUAUCUCAAUUGGGGUGAUCGACCAGUAGACUCUGUUGACUUUGCACCUUCAUCUGACCACUCUUUCUCUGAAACUUACGUGGAGUCAAAGCGCGCAGGACGUAGUCUUGUUGCCAUCAUUCUCGGCAUGAACAUCAGAGAAGCCGCAAGAAUGGGCAUGAUUGAUCGCUCCCAGUUGCCUCAAAAGAGUGAAACCCUGCCUGAGGCUGAAGCUGAAGAUGGGGAUCUCUUCGUGAGUGAUGUUGAUAAUCAGACACCCGCACCUGUGGUUGAUACACACAACACCCUUCUUCAGGACACGACUGCUUCUGAAUUCCGGAUCGCUUCUGAAUCUCAGAAAUCUUUACAAUCCACUCCUGCAAGUUCGCCUUCCCUGUUCCAGUCAAAUCUACCACCCGCCGCUUCAAAGGCGCCAAAUCCCUUCGCGGCGGCCUUUCAGCCAUCUAAAAUGGCAUCUUCUCCAUCGAAUCCAUUCGCAACUUCGAUCCCCUCCACCACUGUCACGCCCGCAGCGUCGUCUCCUUUCACUUCUUCGCCAAAUCCAUUCUCGUUCCCCCAAGAACCCGAAAAGACUGACACCUCUGCCCUGACCACUAACGUGGCACCCUCGCCCUUCCAAACGAAACCCCCUCCUUCUCAGCCUGACACCGCCGACAAGCCGGCUGUUUCAUCUAUUAGCCCUGCCGGGCCCUCACCGUCCCCUUUUGCAUCUACUUCUUCUUCUUCUUCGUCCAUAUUCUCAAAGCCAGCGUACGCAAAACCCAAGACGGAAACACCUGCAACAACAACCCCCGCGCCUGCGUUUUCAAAGCCCAGUAUCUUCCCUCCUGCAUCGUCGACUGCAGACAAACCCGCCUCCGUGUUGCCGAAUGGCUCCGGCUCUGUGCUAUCCUCUGGCUCGAGCCCUUUCACUGCGCCGUCUCCAUUCUCCUUCUCUAAACCAUCGGAGUCAACCCCAAAGCCAGAGACUCCCGCGGCAACUACCCCUGCCCAGUCUACGCUUUUUAAGCCGAGCACCUCGCCUCAUGAGGCGUCGACCGUGGACAAACCCGCCUCUGUAUUCUCUUCUGGUGCUGGCGCUUUCACUGCGCCGUCCCCAUUCUCCUUCUCCAAGCCAUCGGAGCCAACUCAAAAACUGGAGGCACCGGUGACAACUACUGCCGCGCCCUCCACGCUGUUCACGCCCAGCAACUCGCCCCCCGCUCCGGUGGCUGAACCCAGGAACCCCUUCGCGCCUUCGACAUUCUCUGGUGCUAACCCCUUUGGUACCACAAAUAUCUCUGCUCAGUCUACGACGCUCAAGAGCGAUGCCAAACCCCAGCAAUCAACGAUUGCAUCGAACAAUCCUUUUGCGCUUCCGAACGCUCCACCAUCUUUCCCAGCUGUGGGUCUUGGAAACACUGCUGCUCCAUCUCCCUUCCAAGCCCUCAAAGCCCCAGAGACAGCUGUGAAAGCCAAGGAACAUGCAACUGCCCCAGGUUUCGGGCAGCCCUUUUCGCCGUUCUCAGUGAACAAUCCUAGUACCAUUUCAGAGUCUUUGAACGCGGCUGCAGGUCAAUUUCCAGUCCCCGGCUCAGUCUUUGCAGUUCCCAAGGCACCGCAGCCAAGCCAGAAAGCGGACAUCCCAGCAACUACUGCGCCCAUGCCCGAGAACCCACCACUGGGUUUGUCUCCGUCUUUGGGUAAUUUACAGUCGCCCAAGCCGAGUGAAACUUCAGUGUUCAGCCAGUCCGCACCUGCACAGACCCAAAUACCUGGCCAACCUCCUAUCAACGGCUCCGCUUCGAUUUCAGGCGCGCGUCGGUCUGUCUCGCACACUCAAGCGACCGCCUCUCCACCUCCCCGGACUCUCUUCGAAGCACUUCGGCAGCCUAAAAUAUUUGAUGCCACAUCGAGUACAUACUCAUCUGAAACGGCGAUUACUCAGCCGCCAACACCCUUGUUCCAAAACCCAGAAACCUCAGUGGCGCUAGGACAGCAAGGGUCAUUGAAACGACAGCAUGAGGCCACCGAUGUAACUGUACCCCAUCAGCACAAGAGGCGCUCCUCGCUGAAAGGAAAAGCUCCUGCUGCAGCGUCUAGUGAAUUAUUCAAACGGUCUGUCCACUUCGAAGAGGCAAACGAAAAGGAACAGCCUCUGUCACAGGAGUCGCAAGUGUCUUCGGUGCGCAAGAAGUCUAAAGUCCUCCAAAAGAAGCGAGUUCUGGAUGAGCAGACCGAGCCGCAGCCGGAGGAACAGGGCCCGAGUACUAAGGUGCCUAAGGUUUCUACAGAGGAUGAAUAUGUUCCUUUCAAUUUCUCCGUCUACAAGGCCGAAAACCGGCCUGUUCCGAAGCUCCCGAUCUUGGAAAAACUGGAAGAAAAGCUUGCACGAGCCAAGGCCUUGUGCGAGCCGAAGCCUCUUACCGAAGAACAACUCCAGUACAUUGAGGAAGCUCGACUGAAACGGGCUCGCCAAGUCGACGAGGACGAGAUUGCCCUCUCCCGGGCACGAAUCUUGGCCGAGAAGUUAAGGACGGGCCCUGGCAUCUUCGACGGUUGGACUGGAAACAUCCGAGAGCCAUGGCACGACCCAAACUGGAACCCCGUUGCGCGAAUCCUGGAAAAGUAUCACGCCCGAAAAAUCCCCCAACCAAUUUCAUAUUUACCCCCGCGUCUGACACUCAAUCGCACUGCCAGAGGAUACGAGGUCGCUUACGCUCCUGAUACCCCGGACCGACCUAUGUCCCGCACCGAACAGCGCAUCCGACGCACUGGAGCUCGUGGACUCGCACAUGUGCCCCUGGAUUUCGAGCGUCAUAAGCGAGAGAAGGAGGAGAUGGCUAAGAGCCAGAACGGAAGGAAGGAGAAUAACGACAAGGACAAGAAGGACGAGAAGGAGAAAGUCGUGUCUUCCUAG